AUGAGUCAACAAUUUAACCAAACCAGUCAGGCUAGCUUCGUUUUCAUUAAUUCAAGUGACCCUAAGAUUCCAAGUCAAGUAAUCAACGAUGUACCAUUUAUCAAACUUCCUUUUCCACCUACUAUAAACCCACGCAAUCUUAUCUCUUUUCCCAAGGGAAGUAGUACUCCUUCUCGAGCUCCAAAUGCUUUUAUUAUUUAUCGUAAAUUAUUUAUCCAAACUGCGAAAGAUAAUGGAUAUACUCUUCCAAUGACAGUAAUUUCUACUAUGGCCUCUAAAUCUUGGGAACGAGAACCUGAAUUUGUUAAGUCAGAAUAUAAAAGAAUUGCGAAAGAUGCAUUCAAUUAUCGUAGUGAAAUUCAUCCUAAACAAAAACAAGAACGCGGAGGAAAAAGGAAACAAUGGAAUAUUGUCUCGUUCGAUUGUUCUGAUAAACAAAAAUCUCACGAAUCAACCGAUAAAUCUCAACAAGCAUUAAGGACACCUCCACCUGAAUUUUUUUCCGAAUCACCAAUCUUAGAUUUAGAUGAGUUAGAUUUGUUUGCUGAUUGGGCUAAUUUUAUUUAUCCAAGUCCUGAUUUAAAUACUACUAGUCAAUACAAUUCUCCUGAUUUAAAUAAUACUAGUCAAUACAAUUCUCCCGACUUAAAUACUAUUAGUCAAUACAAUUCACCUGAUUUAAAUACUGUUAGUCAAUACAAUUCUCCUGAUUUAAAUAUUGUUAGUCAAUUCAAUUCUCCCGAUUUAAGUAUUACUUGUCAAUUCGGUUCUCCUGAUUUAAAAUUUGAAUUUAUUAACUCUCUUUUGCAGACGGUUGAUAACAAUUCUUUAACACCAAUUCAGCCCGAAGAAUUUUCUAAUUAUCCAAAAAUUAAUAACGAUAUUACAGAAAAUGAUUUAUUCAAUGAUUACGUUAUUCCAGAAUCCACCGAAAAUCAAUAUAAUAAUGAAAUUUUUAAUACUACUUCUGAUUCAUCCGAAUCUCAAUUCACUUUCUCGUCCUUUGAUUUAUUGAACACAGAAUUAUUUCCCGAAGAAUUGAAUACAGUUACUUUUGAUGAUAAUUCUUAUUAUUUCUAA